UACUACUCGACGUCGUACCACAAGCCGAUCAUCUUCGUAGCGCAAACUAGAGCUGCUGCUGCGUUCCGUAUGCCACUACGCGUAUUUCCGGCAUCCCACACGCUUAUUUCUCUUUCCUCGAUAGCCCGGCUACUAUCAGUACCUCAGUACUCUCGAAAGUCGUACCGCAGCAGACUCGGUCAGGACGUCAGGACUAAGAAAGUCGUCGCAGGAUAGAUAGUCCAGACGUUAAGGGCGGUAUUGAUAGUCAUUGAGGUGGUGGUAAUAUUGAAGGAAAUAUAGUGUGCCAGAAGUACUGGGAAGGGAGAUGCGAGAUUUCGGUAGUACCGGUAUCGUGCGCGAAUUGAAAAUUUAAGACUUUUUUUCGAAAUAUUUUUUCACGAUUAUUUGGUUUGUUCUGGGAUUGGUUAAGUUCGAGUGAAGAUGCCCGCCAUCGGGCAGACAAAGACGAUAUGGUUCAUUUUUAUUUAUUUAGUUAGUUUAAGUGUGGUGGAUGCCAGCAAUAGAUACAGCAGGAAUUUUAGGGAACAAGAGGAAAGUAGUAAUGGAAGUGGCCACUCCGCUGGUUCCUUAUCACCAGGAGGACCAAACGUUUGUAGAAGUAGAGGCAGGACAUUUUGUUGUCCAGGAUGGCAAAGACAUGCGGCCUUAGGAUUAUGUAUUAUACCCGUGUGUUCAAGGACAUGUUCUCCAGGACAGUGCGUCUCUCCCAACAUUUGCCUAUGCGCAGGAGGUCACAAAGCAGCUUCAUGUCAGGCACAAAAACUGAGUUAUCCAGAGGAAGGCAGACCAUGUAGAGCCAUCUGUAUGAACGGUGGGACAUGUGUAAAUGGCCAAUGUAGCUGUGUAGCAGGAUAUACCGGAGAAUUCUGUACAGAACCUAUUUGCGAGGAACCCUGUAAAAAUGGAGGAAGGUGUAUUUCUCCAGAUAGGUGCGCCUGUUUGUAUGGGUUUGCUGGCAAUCACUGUGAAGUAGAUUACAGAACAGGACCUUGCUACACGGGAAUAAGAGGACCAUUAUGCGUGAACCAACUGGAGGGAGUGGUUUGUACGAAAACGCUAUGUUGCGCCACUGUGGGCAAAGCCUGGGGCCAUCCCUGCGAACACUGUCCCACGCGACUCGAAUGCGACACUGGAUUUUUAAAGAAUCAAAAGACAGGAGAGUGUGUUGAUAUCAACGAAUGUGAAGCUAUUCCCCAUCUUUGCUCUGGUGGUCACUGCGUCAACAGUGUUGGAUCCUUCACUUGCCAGUGUCCUCCUGGUCAGGCUAGGAAUCCUCAGACCAACAGAUGUGACGACAGGAACGAAUGCGAAGACGAUGGAAUUUGUACAGAUGGCGCUUGUGUCAAUACAGUCGGUGGAUUCUUCUGUCUUUGCAAUCCAGGAUUUAUACAGAGUCAAGACAAGAAAUACUGUAUAGAUGGACGGCAAGGUUUAUGCUAUACUCAUCGACGAUCUGAUGGGUAUUGCAGAGACGAAUUACAAUACAGACUGUCCAAAAAGGAUUGCUGUUGCGGACAGCAUGUUGGACAAGGGUGGGGUGAAGAUUGUGAGCCUUGUCCAGAUUAUGGAAGUGAUGAUCACAGAAGACUGUGCUCCACCCAACCACCGUAUCACGUGAUCGAAAGCAAGGAUUUCAACAUCACCAGCCUACCAGGACCAGAGCCUCAGACCAAGCUGACCGGUACGACUUUGGUGGACGAGUGCAUGCUACGACCUGACAUCUGUCAACACGGGAAAUGCGUGGAUCUGGCGCAGGGAUACGAUUGCAUCUGCGAUCCAGGAUUCAGGAAAGGAAAAUCACAAGUGUGUGAAGAUAUCAACGAAUGCAAUGAAGGAAAAUGCCUUAAUGGCAGAUGCUCGAACACCCUUGGAGGCUUCAACUGCCUCUGCCCUCCAGGUUUUGACGUCUCUCCCGAUGGUACCAUGUGCACUGAUCACGACGAAUGUGCCGAGAUAGGCAUGUGCACCAACGGCAUCUGUAUCAACAUGGAUGGCAGUUUUAAAUGCCAAUGCAAAAGCGGUUUCAAACUGAGCUCAACAGGAUUCGCAUGCAUCGAUAUUGAUGAAUGUUAUGAAAAUCCAAGGAUAUGUUUGAACGGAAGAUGUGAAAAUACUCCGGGGUCCUAUACAUGUCAGUGUUUACCUGGAUUUAUUGAAUCAAGCGAUAAAACUUUUUGUAUUGACAUGGACGAGUGUUCUACCACAGGAAUGUGUGACCAUGGAAAAUGUAUCAACAUGGAAGGUUCCUUCAGGUGCGUUUGCGAUUCUGGAUACCGAUUAGGAUUAGAUGGAAGACACUGUAUGGAUAUAGACGAAUGCAUUAGUAAUCCAUGCCAGUUCGGCACUUGUUUCAACACCCCUGGAAGCUUUAGAUGUGAAUGUCACUCUGGAUUCAGCCUAGGAGCUGAUGGAAGAUCUUGUUUGGAUACUAGAAGAGAUCUGUGCUAUCAGGAAUAUCGUGACGGACAAUGUAUCAAUCCUUCAACAACUGCAGUGACGAAAUCAAGUUGUUGUUGCUGUACCAUCGUGACAGGGAAACCAAUGGCUUGGGGACAGACCUGUCAACCCUGUCCAAUGCCUGGGACAACGGAUUUUGAUCUCUUAUGUCCUCAUGGACCUGGUUCGACUUUUGAUGGUAAUGAUAUCAAUGAAUGUGCCCAAAAUCCGAACAUAUGUCAGAAUGGAGCUUGCGAGAAUCUUAUUGGUACUUAUAGGUGUAUUUGUAAUCCCGGCUAUGAAGUUGAUGAAUCGGGGAAAAUUUGUACUGAUAUCAAUGAAUGUGAAGUUGAAGCAGAGGUGAUUUGUGGCGGAGGUCAAUGCAAAAACACUCCAGGAAGCUUUCAAUGUAUUUGCCCCACUGGAACACAACUGAAUCCGAAUAUUUUUGUUUGUGAAGACAUCGACGAGUGUAGGGAGCUUGGACCAGAAGCAUGCUUCAAUGGAGAAUGCGUCAAUGUUUUGGGGUCGUACAAAUGCGAGUGUGAGCCUGGAUUUGUCCUGGACAACACCGGAAGAAUUUGUAUAGAUAACAGAAGAGGAUCCUGCUGGACCAAACUUAAUCAUGGUCGAUGCGAAAACAAUCUUCCUCAACUCAGCAGGAGAAUGGAGUGCUGUUGUUCUAUCGGUGUAGCUUGGGGAUCCCCGUGCGAAAGAUGCAACAAGAACGAUUGCAAUGAGUGUAGGCACGGAUAUGCAAAAAUUGACGGGAAGACUUGUACGGAUAUUAACGAAUGUGAUCUAAAUCCUAAUAUUUGUAGAGGAGGUGGACUAUGCGUUAAUACUGACGGCAGCUUUACUUGUACUUGUCCACCUGGUUUAACUUUAGACGAUACAAGAACUCAAUGUUUGGAUGUUAGAGAAGAACCAUGCUUUACAAGGUACAAGCAUGGAAAAUGCACCAAUCCUAUCACAGGAGCCUUCCACAAGAAUCUUUGCUGUUGCUCUUCAGUUGGAAAAGCCUGGGGUCAUAAAUGCGAAGCAUGUCCUCGAAUAGGAUCAGCAGCAUAUUUAGAACUAUGUCCCAAAGGAUUGGGAUUUUUGGAUAGAAAAGAUAUUAACGAAUGUACAGAAUUUCCUGAAAUGUGCCAGAACGGUCGAUGUAGGAAUACAAUGGGAGGAUACAAUUGCAGAUGUAACAAAGGAUAUGACUAUGACGAUGCAAAAAUUAAAUGCGUUGAUAUUGAUGAAUGCAGUAUAACAACAACCAAUGUAUGUGGUAAUGGGGUAUGUAAGAAUACACCAGGUGAUUUCUAUUGUGAAUGUCAAGAAGGAUUUAGAACUCAGCCUCCAAUGCAGACUUGUAUGGAUAUUAAUGAAUGUGAAGAAAUACCAGGUCUUUGUAGAGGUGGCAGGUGCAUAAAUACAGAAGGUUCUUACAAGUGUGAAUGUCCGGAAGGUCACGAAUUGGCAUCUGACAAGCAAUCCUGCAAAGACAUUGAUGAAUGUUCAAGGACAAGCGGAAUAUGCUCCAAUGGAGUCUGUGAGAACAUGAUGGGAACCUAUCAGUGUAUUUGCAAUGAAGGAUAUCAACAAACUGGUCAAAAAUCACAUUGUGAAGAUAUUGAUGAAUGUGACACUGAACCAUGCGACGACAUCUGUCUAAACACACCAGGAAGCUAUUCAUGCUCUUGUGGGCCAGGUUAUCAACUCAAUUUGGAUGGAAGAACAUGCUCAGAUAUCGAUGAAUGCAAGAACACAAGAAUCUGUAAUGGUGGAAAGUGCUCCAACACUAUUGGAAGUUAUAUUUGUCACUGUAUUGAAGGUUUACUGGCUGGACCUUCAGGAACCUCUUGUUUAGAUAUCGACGAAUGUAAACAGAACCCACACAUAUGCGGUGCAGGAGAAUGUACUAACACCAUAGGUUCGUUCCAAUGUAGAUGUGAAGAAGGGUAUUCCGUCAAACCAGAUGGUGGUCAACAGUGUACCGAUGAUGACGAAUGCUAUCUAGGAACGUAUAACUGUGAUGAGAAUGCAGAUUGUAUCAAUAACCCUGGUUCCUACCAGUGCAGAUGUUUAGAUGGUUUCACAGGAAACGGUAUCAGCUGUAGGGACAUCAACGAAUGCUUAACAAAUAACGGAGGAUGUGAUCAAAAUGCUCAAUGCAUCAACAACGAUGGCUCAUUUAGAUGUGAAUGUGAUGCUGGAUUCAAAGGAGACGGGUACACUUGCACUGACAUCGACGAAUGUACCAACGACCCGAGCCUGUGCGAAAACGGGCAAUGCCUGAACUACCCGGGUUCGUUCAGGUGCGAGUGUGAGAUGGGCUUCAUGCACCCGAACGAGGGCAACGAGCAGGCCUGUGUCGAUAUCAACGAAUGCGACAUGUUCAACAACCUCUGCGUCUUCGGGAGCUGCGAAAACACACUCGGCAUGUUCCGAUGCGAAUGUCACGAGGGCUACAAACUUGACGGCUCAGGAGGCAACUGUACUGACAUUGACGAGUGCGAGAGUCCAUUAUCAUGUCUGUAUGGAGAAUGCAGCAAUACAGAAGGCAGCUUCAAGUGCGUCUGUCCACCAAAUUACGAACUGGUAGCAGAAGGAAACGCCUGCAUAGACAGAAGAACAUCGAGAUGUUAUUUGGAAGUACAACCUGGAGGAAGAUGCGAAGGACCCACUGCAGAUUAUGUUACUAAAGCUUCAUGCUGUUGCUCUGUGGGUAAAGGAUGGGGACCCAGAUGUGAGCUAUGUCCUGCACCACACAGUGAAGAGUAUCAACAACUUUGUCCAGGAGGUCUGGGAUAUAAACCAAACGACAUUACUGUAGUACUAGAAGAUAUUAACGAGUGCGAAGAGCAUGAAAAUAUCUGCGAGAAUGGACAUUGUACCAACACUUUUGGCAGCUUUAUGUGUUCAUGUAACGAAGGAUUCAGACUGGACAGCACUGGCUAUACUUGCGUUGACAUCAAUGAGUGUGCUGAGAACCCUUACAUCUGUAGAGUUGGAGAAUGCGUCAAUGAACAAGGAAGAUAUUACUGUCAGUGUCCAGAAGGCUACAUGCCUCUUCCAGGAAGAAGAGAAUGUGUUGACAUGCGCAAAGAUAUAUGUUAUCUGAACUACAGUAGAUGGCAGUGUUCAACUCCGAUGACUCAGAAUCAGACGAAGAAAGUGUGUUGCUGCUCGAUGGGUCAAGCUUGGGGCCAACCAUGCGAACCAUGUCCAAUCCAAGGCACCAGUGAUCAUACCUCUCUAUGUGGAGGGACUCCAGGUUUUGUUGUCAACCCAAUGACAAACAAGUCAAUCGAAAUAAACGAAUGUGAGCUGAUGCCAACUAUGUGCAAUCACGGCCAGUGCAUGAAUACACCAGGCAGUUUUGAGUGUAUGUGUAAUAGAGGAUAUAUUUAUGACAUCAACUCGCAUCAGUGCAUUGAUGACAACGAAUGUAAUAGAAACCCGUGCGAAGGAAACGCUCAAUGUGUUAAUUUACCCGGGAGUUUUGAAUGUAAAUGCCCCGAAGGAUAUAAGCAUGGGUCCUCAUUUAUCGACUGUAUCGAUGUUAAUGAAUGCAUAGAACGACCUCAGGUAUGUCAAAAUGGCGAAUGCAAGAACUUACAGGGUAGUUUUCAAUGUCUUUGUGAUACUGGAUAUAGACUUACACCAUCCAGAGACACAUGCGUGGAUAUUGAUGAAUGUAUAAGACAUCCGAACAUUUGCAAUAACGGAACUUGCAUCAACCUGAUUGGUAGUUACAAGUGUCACUGUAACGUUGGUUUCAAACUGAGCAACACCAAUGACUGCGUUGACAUAGAUGAGUGUCAUAUGAUGCCCUAUUUGUGCAGGAAUGGCCGGUGCAGGAAUAAUCUGGGAUCGUUUUCCUGUGAAUGUACUUCUGGAUACACUUUGACAACCGACAAACAUAAUUGCAGAGAUAUUGAUGAGUGUCAUGAGUCUCCUGGCACAUGUCCAUCACCAGGAAUAUGCACCAACGUCAUGGGUUCCUAUUUAUGCGUGUGUCCCGACGGAUAUACCCUGGACUCCGCCACUGGAACCUGCGAGGAUAUUGACGAAUGCGCAGCUAACGAGGGCAUCUGUGAAAACGGCGUCUGCACCAACACGGAAGGCGGUGCGUUCUGUACUUGCCCCGAUGGAUUUAUUUUGGAACAAGACACCAUGAAAUGCACCGACUACAGACAAGACCAAUGUUAUGAUUCGCAAAAUCAAGGAAGAUGUACUGAACCCAGAGGAAUGCAGAUUACAGCUAAAGAGUGUUGUUGUUCAAAAGGAGCUGCAUGGGGAAGAUACUGUGAAAAAUGUCCAUCAGAAAAAUCCCCCGAGUUUCAGAAAAUGUGUCCUGAAGGUCCAGGACGUAUGGACACUGGCAAAGAUCUCAACGAGUGUGAGCUGAUGCCCAACGCUUGUGAUGGUGGUGAAUGCGUCAACACUGAUGGUUCCUUCAGAUGUGAUUGCGCAGCUGGUUACACCCUAGAUUCCAGUGGGAAGAAAUGCGUGGACGAAAACGAGUGCUACACGAACCCGAAUAUUUGCGGAAAUGGAACCUGUACUAACUUGAUUGGAGGGUUUGAGUGUAGCUGUAAUGACGGAUUUGCACCAGGGGCAUUACAGACCUGUGAAGAUAUAAACGAAUGCCAAGAACUAGGAAAUCAAUGUGCCUUCAGAUGUCAUAAUGUUCCUGGGUCGUUUAGAUGUAUCUGUCCAUAUGGAUAUGCCUUAGCCCCAGAUGGUAGGCACUGCAUAGAUGUGGAUGAAUGCAACACUCCAGCCAACAACUGUAGAUUCAUGUGCAAGAAUUUGGUGGGAUCGUUCAUGUGCAUCUGUCCAGAGGGAUACAGCCAAGUGGGAUACAGUGACGAAUGCAAAGAUGUAGACGAAUGUGAUACAGAUCCAAAUCUUUGCGAAAACGGGAGAUGCAUCAACUUACCAGGAUCGUUCAGGUGUGAUUGUCUGGACGGAUAUGAACAUAGUGAAGACGGAAAACGCUGUAUUGAUCGUAGGGAAGGAGUAUGCUACAGAAACAGGGAAUGUUCAAACUCCAAUGGACACUAUCUCAAGAAAUCUACAAAGGCAAAUUGUUGCUGUACUAUGGGAGAAGCUUGGGGUCCUAGAUGUGAAGCUUGUCCAUCCAGGUACUCCAUAGAGUACCAGGAACUAUGUUUGGAAAGUGGGUACCUCAUAACUGGUGAAGAUAUUAAUGAAUGUGAAACAAUCUCGGAUCUGUGUAAGAAUGGCAGAUGUAUCAAUAUUUUAGGAUCGUACAAGUGUAUUUGCAACAAAGGUUAUAAGAGUGAUGCUUCGGGAUUAUACUGUCAUGAUAUCAACGAAUGCAACAGCGCUCAUCCUCCCUGUCAGUACAACUGUCUAAAUACUGACGGUGGAUUUGUCUGUUCCUGUCCAUCUGGUUUCCUUCUUAACGCUGAUGGCGUCACUUGCUACGAUUUAGACGAGUGUGCAACUGGUGAGAAUCUGUGUCAGCAGAUCUGUACGAAUACUGAGGGAAGUUACACUUGUUCUUGUAAUGAGGGAUAUAGACAAGUCGGAGAUAAAUGCGAAGACAUCAAUGAAUGUGAUCAGCCAGGAAUAUGUCCUAAACCAGGUCGCUGUGUCAACACAUUGGGCAGUUUCAAGUGCAUCUGUCCACGCAGGUUCAAACUGGACUCUACAGGAACCUACUGUACCGACGCAGAUGAGUGCUUGGACGACACAAAAUGUCCUGAAGGCUGCCAAAACCUGGUCGGUGGCUACCGAUGCGGUUGUCCAGCAGGCUACGUUCUCAAUGGCUACUUCAACCAGUGCGUGGACAACAACGAGUGCCUAAAUAGUCCAUGUGGAACUUCAGGAAAUUGUUUCAACACGCCUGGAAGUUUCCGGUGUGGAUGUCCAGAUGGGUAUCAAUUUGAUGCUAAACUCAACAUUUGCAUUCAGGUUGCUCCUAGCUGUAUAGGAUCUCCUUGCGCCUUUGGCUGUACUUCUUCAGGGGGUGGUUUUAGCUGUGGGUGUCCUCAAGGAUACCAGCGUAUAGGUCAAGGACAUUGCUUGUCAACUGUCACGCCUGCUUUGGCUAGUUACGACAUAGGUGACGUUCCUACUUACCCCAUAGAAGAACAGAGAUACGGCAGUGCGUCCAAUGACAAACUUAUCACGACUGAAGGGUGCUUUUCAUGUCAGAUAAACGGUCGCCAUCGACGUGAUUCCAGACUUCGCAGACGUCAUCUCGUCAACAAAUCGGGAAGAAAUGACACCAUAGCGUAUUUGUUCCGAAGACGGGUGUCGAAACGUCGUGUGCGUCGUCAUCAUCACGGCGAAGAACUGGACUUGAAAAUAAGCAUGGCCCAGACCAGGCACAGAAUCAGGAUUUUGAAAAUACAACCUUCUGUUAAGAAACCAAUGGUGUACGAAAUAGUCAAAGGCAACGAACACAACAAAUUCCAGCUAAUCAAAAAGCACGGCGUUUGGGCCCUACACUUCAAACGACGUUUAAAAAUGCCUGAAGACUUCGAACUAUUGAUCCAUGGCAAACCUGAAGAGGAUGAAUUCGAAAGAAAUGAAACGUCCGAGGUCACAGACAAACCCUACGAAAAACCGUUAAUUCUAAAGGUGAAAAUCAAGGUCACCGAAUAAUAUUUUAAAACGAAUUUUACUCUAGCUAAUUUAUUUCAAAUUUCAACGAAAAUUUUAAGUGAUAUGUAGUCAUUCAAUUUCUAAGUUAUAUCACUGCCAACAUAGAAAAAUAUAUUUUAUCAAAUAUUCGGCAAUUUAAACCUUUUUUUAUAUAAAAGAUAAUAAAAUAUUAAAAAAAUAAAAUGACAUAAAUCACUAA